UUCUGUGCCUCGUAUAAAGUUCUUUAUCUACAAGCCCGCAAUGGUAAGGGUUUGCUACUGCAUUUGUCUCUGUAUCUCUCCCCAAAUUUUCACCAUUAAUCCAAAGCAAGAAGAUCACCAGAGAGAGGGGAAGAGAAAGAGUUUGCCGAGAGAGAUGGGGAGGGGUAAGAUUGAGAUCAAGAGAAUUGAGAACUCAAGCAACAGGCAAGUGACGUACUCGAAGAGGAAGAAUGGGAUCUUAAAGAAGGCGAAGGAAAUUACUGUUCUAUGCGAUGCCCAAGUUUCCCUUAUCAUCUUUGCUGCAUCUGGGAAAAUGCAUGAAUACAUCAGCCCUUCAACCACGUUGAUUGACAUCCUAGAAAGAUAUCACAAAACGUCUGGGAAGAGGCUCUGGGACGCUAAGCAUGAGGACUUAAACAACGAAAUUGAUAGACUCAAGAAAGAGAAUGACAGUAUGCAAAUUGAGCUCAGGCACUUGAAGGGAGAGGAUGUAAACCAGCUUAAUUACAAGGAACUGAUGGCCCUAGAGGAUGCCUUAGAAUGUGGCCUCGACGGUGUACGGGAGAGACAGAAUUGCUGUUUUUACGCAGAUGGAGAUUUACAGGGCACACAGGAGAAAUGGCAAGAUCCUGGAGGAAGAGAACAGGGAGCUCAAUUUUAUACUGCAGCAACGUUUGGCUAUGGAAGGAGCGAGAGAAUUGGAGAAUGGAUUUGAUCAGAGCGUGAGGGAGUUCCAUUCCCUGAUGCCGUUCGCAUUCCGCGUGCAGCCUAUGCAGCCAAAUCUUCACGAGAGGAUGUGAGACAGCUUCCUGCUGCCUGCCUAUAUAACUGAGUUUCUGCAUUAGCUGUCACAAGCUCUCUUCAAUCAUGAACUAGCUAGUUCGCUUUCUAGGGCUGGUGUGUGCUCUUAAGUGAAUAAAGCGAGUAAAACUUUGGCUUCUGAUUAUCAGUAUUAUACUGUCGUUCUGUGUGUUUUUACAGUCAGCGUGGGUACACACACACACACACAUCCUAGCAUUGCUGCUGCUGCAUGCAUGAGGCGGCGGCUGUGCAUGGACUAGAGAGUUCGUAGUGGUGAUGAUGUGCAGACACUUCUAUAUUUCAUAUAGAUGCUAUGUGCCGCUGGUUAUACAUGUGUUUGUCUACUUAA